UUUCUUUGUUGUCUUUUCUUGGUUCUGUUUUCGUUUUUCGUUCGAGGUCAGAUUUGCCAGCUGUUUCUAGACAGUUCAGCUGAUGUUUGUUUUUGGGUGUUACAUUUUGAUGUGACACACAUUUUAUAAAACGUGCGACCACAAACAUAUUACUACAACUAUAAAUAAAUUAGAAUGCUUCUCAAAUAAUUUGUAUGAAUUCGUUUUGGCCUAAUAAAAAGUAUCGUUAAUGACGUAAUAGAUGUAUUCGUGAGACAAAGAGCUUAAAUAUUUAUAUUUGUUUCAAAGAUAACACAAAUCUGGAAAGCAAGGGGAUCAAGCGAAUUUCAAAAAUAAGUCUGGAUAGUGAUUCAUCCGGGGACGACGGUGGUGAACCGCCGCGUAAAAAAACCCGAAAGAGUACAAUAAACGAGACGAUGCAAUCGACUAACGGGAUGGUCCAAAAUGGGGCACCAUCAUGUAGUAACGGAUCAACAGAAAAUGGACACGGCGAUGCCGAAAAUGGUUUUUUCCUCAAUCAUCCAAACCAAGAAAUCGUCAGAUUAAUCGGACAAUUCCUUAAAAAUGAAGGCUUGACUAAAACAUGUGAAUCUUUGAUGGAUGAAUCUGGAUGUCGACUCGAUCAUCCUGCAGCUGAGAAAUUUCGCCAGCAUGUAAUGGACGGUGAUUGGUCUAAAGCGGAUCAUGAUCUACAAGAAUUACGUCCACUUUUGGGACAAGAUACUAAUAUUUUGGAGAUGAAAUUUUUAAUUCUCGAACAAAAGUAUCUGGAAUUUCUAGAAGAAGGUCGAGUUUUGGACGCUUUGCACGUUCUAAGAAACGAAUUGACGCCUUUACAACAUAACACUGCUAGGGUACAUCAAUUAUCAAGUUUUAUGAUGUGUUCUAAUACCGAUGAAUUGCUCGAACGCACAAAUUGGGAAGGCAAAGGUAUACAGUCUCGAAUGGUUCUAAUGAAUAAAUUACAAUCGUACCUACCUCCUACGAUAAUGUUACCCCCUAAUAGAUUACAAGAAUUACUUAAUCAAGCGUUAGAACUUCAAGUUUUAAGGUGCAGCCACCACAAUACCACUCGGGGUGUUUCUUUAUCGGAAGCUUCUCUAUUGGUGGAUCACGUCUGUUUGAAAUCCUCUUUUCCCAUUUACACGAUACAGGUGUUGAAUGAUCAUUGUGACGAGGUGUGGUUCUGUAGUUUCUCACCGGACGGUACCAAACUAGCCACCGGUUCCAAAGACCAGAACGUGAUUAUAUGGGAUGUGGAUCCGGAAACUUGUACCUUAUCUUUGAAAAAAGUAUUGGAAGGUCAUAAUACAGGCGUCGCUUAUAUAUCGUGGAAUCCCGAUUCGACGCAUUUAAUCGCCUGCGGACCCGACGAAAGUCCAGAAGUUUGGUUGUGGAAUAUCGAGACUGAAGUUUUUCUCAAAGUUACCCAGUCGGCGGACGAUGCGCUCGUCUGUUGCGCUUGGCAUAAAGACGGUACCAAAUUUGUAGUUGGUGGUGUGCGAGGUCACUUUUAUCAAUGCGACUUGAAGGGCAACGUCUUGGAUUCGUGGGAAGGUGUAAGGGUGAACGGAUUAUGGUGUCGACAAGACGGCAAAACGGUUUUGGCUUCUGAUACUCAUCACAGAAUCAGAGGAUAUAUUUUCGAAGAAGUUGCCGAUCAACAAAUUAUCCAAGAAGAUCAUCCGAUAAUGUCAUUUACGGUGGAUAAAAAAGAUCGUUUGGCCUUAUUGAAUGUAGCCACUCAAGGUGUCCACCUUUGGGAUAUAAAAGACAAAUGCUUAGUGAGAAAAUAUCAAGGGGUUACCCAGGGUCAUUUCACCAUACAUUCCACCUUCGGUGGGGUGAAUCAAGAUUUCAUUGCCAGCGGUAGCGAAGAUAAUCAAGUGUACAUAUGGCAUAUACGUAACGAACAACCGAUAGCUACGUUACAAGGACACACGCGUACCGUAAAUUGCGUAUCCUGGAACCCGGUAUACCAUCAUAUGUUGGUAUCGGUAUCGGAUGAUUGCACGAUUCGAGUAUGGGGACCAAAAGAUAAAAUGCCCAAACCGACGGGCGUCGCCAGCUGAAAAAAUCCGCUUGUAAAAUUGAUUUUUUUUUAUUACUGUGUUUAUGAAAAAAAAAAUCGAAUCAACGCGUGGUUUAAUACCAAAAAAAUUGAAGUAAAUAUUUUUUUUUUUUUUUGGAAAAAAUAUCGUUACGAUUUAAUUAUUUUUUAUAUAUAUUUGUGUUUAUUUAAUUUUGUUUAUCGAUGGGUUUAGGUUUUUUUUUUUUUGAUAAAACAAUUAAAAUAUUUAGAAAAUUUUUUGUUUUUUAUUGAAAAAUUAACGAAAUUUUAUAAUUUUUUUUUUAAUUUCGUUGACUAAAAUGAUAGUGGAUCCCCAGUAAAAUAAUAAAACUUAAAUUAUUUGAUUAUUGGCAAAACUAUUAUUUUGAUGAUAAUUUUCGACUUUCCCGAUAUAAACUGAGAGUCAAUUUCUUUUCGAGGGUAUUUGAAGCACCGUUACAACUUUUGAUGUACCUUUGGGCUUGAGACGUACCAGACUAUUUUAAGGAUUGUAUUAUCCUGGCGUAUAAAUCGAAAUUUGCAUUUUUUUGACACUUGUAAAUAAAUUGAAAAAAAAAAAUUAAAAAUAUAUAAAAUAAUAAUCUUGAAUUAGUACUAGAUAUUUACAAUAAAUAUUUUAGGUUAUAUAUCGACAUUAUUUUUAUAUUAUAAACUAGAUUGUAGCGUUCGUUAUCUGUACUGUAACUUUUUUUCCAUAAAAAACUUGAUCUUAUACAGGGGAUUGUUGUUUUUGUAUUAAUCGAAUACUAUAUUCGACAAAGAAACUUAAAAUGUUUACUAUCAACGAUCAAUUUGAAAAAUAAAAUUCAAAAAAUGGUGAUUUACAAUUUUUUUAAUGGAUAUAAUCAAUAAAAAUGAAAGGUAGUCCUAAUCGAAACUAGAAGUUCCUGAAUACAAACAAAUAAAUCAUUAAUAGUACUAAUAGAAGAAGAAAUAUAAGAAAAAUGAAUCAAGGGCAGUUCUAAUCGAAGUUAAAGGAUACUAAAUAAACUAGAAACAGUCCUAAAUAAAAGUAGGAGCACUUUGAAUAAAACAGGAAUGAUUUAGACGAACUAAAAAGUUAUUUUAGUGAAGCAGGAAAGUUCUAAAUGAAUUAAAAACAGUCCUAAGUAAAGCAAAAGCGUUCUGAAUAAAGCAGGAACACUCCUAAGCACUUCCAAUAAAACAGGAACGAUUUAGAGGAACUAAAAAGUUACUUUAGUGAAGCAGGAACGUUCUAAAUUAAUUGAGAGCAGUCCUAACUAAAGCAAAAGCUUUCUGAAUAAAGCAGGAACACACCUAAGCACUUCCAAUAAAACAGGAACGAUUUAGAGGAACUAAAAAGUUACUUUAGUGAAGCAGGAACGUUCUAAAUUAAUUGAGAGCAGUCCUAACUAAAGCAAAAGCGUUCUGAAUAAAGCAGGAACACUCCUAAGCACUUCCAAUAAAACAGGAACGAUUUAGAGGAACUAAAAAGUUACUUUAGUGAAGCAGGAACGUUCUAAAUGAGUUGAGAGCAGUCUUAAGUAAAGCAAAAGCGUUCUGAAUAAAGCAGCAACACUCCUAAGCACUUCCAAUAAAACAGGAACGAUUUAGAGGAACUAAAAAGUUACUUUAGUGAAGCAGGAACGUUCUAAAUUAAUUGAGAGCAGUCCUAACUAAAGCAAAAGCUUUCUGAAUAAAGCAGGAACACACCUAAGCACUUCCAAUAAAACAGGAACGAUUUAUACGAACUAAAAAGUUACUUUAGUGAAGCAGGAACGUUCUAAAUUAAUUGAGAGCAGUCCUAACUAAAGCAAAAGCUUUCUGAAUAAAGCAGGAACACACCUAAGCACUUCCAAUAAAACAGGAACGAUUUAUACGAACUAAAAAGUUACUUUAGUGAAGCAGGAACGUUCUAAAUUAAUUGAGAGCAGUCCUAACUAAAGCAAAAGCUUUCUGAAUAAAGCAGGAACACACCUAAGCACUUCCAAUAAAACAGGAACGAUUUAUACGAACUAAAAAGUUACUUUAGUGAAGCAGGAACGUUCUAAAUUAAUUGAGAGCAGUCCUAACUAAAGCAAAAGCUUUCUGAAUAAAGCAGGAACACACCUAAGCACUUCCAAUAAAACAGGAACGAUUUAGACGAACUAAAAAGUUAUUUUAGUGAAGCAGGAACGUUCUAAAUGAGUUGAGAGCAGUCUUAAGUAAAGCAAAAGCGUUCUGAAUAAAGCAGGAACACACCUAAGCACUUCCAAGAAUCCAGGAACGAUUUAGACGAACUAAAAAGUUUUUUUAGUGAAACAGGAACGUUCUAAAUGAAUU